AUGACUGAAGGUAUGCUUCUUCGUGAGGUACUCUCACUUCGCUCGUACAGCGCACUGAUGCUCGACGAAGCUCAUGAGCGCACAAUCAACACUGAUGUGCUAUUUGGUCUGCUAAAAGAUCUCGUGCGCAAACGGAAGGACCUAAAAAUUAUUGUGACCUCGGCAACACUGGAUGCAGAAAAAAUUUCGCGAUAUUUCUUUGACUGCCCUAUCUUUACAAUUCCAGGACGUAUCUUUCCUGUCGAAAUUCUGUAUACGAAAGAACCAGAGCUUGACUACUUAGACGCAUCGCUUCUUUGCCGUAUCAAGGCGUUACAGGAACGUGCUUUGGCUCCAGAGCUCAUCAUUCUUCCAGUGUAUGGUGCACUACCUUCGGAAAUGCAGUCGCGCAUCUUUGAACCAGCGCCGAAGGGCUCCCGUAAAUGUGUUGUGGCCACCAACAUUGCAGAAGCGUCACUGACAAUCGAUGGUGUUUAUUAUGUCGUGGAUCCUGGCUUUUGCAAGCAGAAUGCCUUCAACUCAAAGAUUGGAAUGGAUUAUGUGGUGGUUGUGCCGUGUUCACAGGCUUCGGCUCGUCAACGUGCGGGACGCGCUGGACGCACAGGCCCAGGUAAAUGCUAUCGACUGUACAUGGAGAAUACUUACAAGAACGAAAUGCUGCCCACAACUGUGCCUGAGAUUCAGCGUGCGAAUCUUGGAUCAGUUGUGCUACAAUUGAAGGCAAUGAGUAUCAACGACCUCAUGAGGUGCUCUAGGUUGCUAACGCAACUAGGAAAGAAGAUGGCCGAGUUUCCGGUGGAGCCGAAGAACGCCAAGGUGCUGCUAACGUCCGUGGUGCUUGGCUGCGCAGAGGAAGUGUUGACAAUCGUAGCGAUGAUGUCAGUGGAGUCAGUCUUUUUCCGGCCAAAGGAAAAGCAGGCACAGGCCGACCAGAAGAAGGCGAAGUUCCACCAGCCCGAAGGCGAUCACUUGACUUUGCUGGCAGUAUAUGAGGCUUGGGCGAAUUCCAAAUUCUCGAGCCCGUGGUGCUACGAAAACUUUAUCCAAGCGCAAGCCAUCCGCCGUGCGCAAGACGUCCGCAAGCAGUUGCUAUCGAUCUUGGACCGAUACAAAAUGGAUGUUGUUUCCUGUGGCAAGAAUUUUAACAAAGUGCGGCGUGCGAUUGUGGCUGGAUACUUUGCUAACACAGCAAAAAAAGGCCUACAAGAAGGAUACCGCACCAUGGUUGAGGGCCAGCCCGUGUAUAUUCACCCAUCGAGUGCGCUGUUCAACAAGAGUCCUGAGUGGGUGCUCUAUCAUGAGCUUGUGCUCACGACGAAGGAGUAUAUGCGAAACAUCAUGACAAUAGAACCAAAGUGGCUUGUAGAAUUGGCUCCGGCCUUUUUCAAAAAGGGAGAUUCGACAAAGCUCUCGAAGCGCAAGCACAAUGAGAUGAUUGAGCCGCUGUAUGAUCACUUAACCCACCUGAUAUAUGACAUCUUAGCAAUAAGUUCAGCACAACUCGAAACAGACUACACAACAAGAACAAGCUAG